UACCGUAGAAUAUUGAUAACUAUAGAAUAAAUCAUCUAUUUUUCCAAUAUCUUCAAAACCAUAAAUGUAGAAACAAUAGAGAUUACUAAUCGACGAUAUGCCUCGCCGGCAAAUAACAUCGCAUCGCUUAAAUGUCAAAAUGUGAAUGAUCUUCACGUUGAAGAUCAUUCAAUAUCGUAUUUUGUGAAAGAAACUAAAUUUUCAAGGGAAAUAACAUCCAAUAAAAAUAACAUUCAAGAUGUAAUUGUCUAAUUAUCGAAACUCCGAAAUGGCCAAGGAUAGUAUCGACGGUAUCCUGGUGCGUCUCGACGAGAUCGAAAAGCUACAGACGGAACUUCGACAUUUGGUACCACGAGUCACGAGUAACUCAUCCAGACAUGUCAGACAUCAGGAUUCAUCCCGCGAUACAUCCGCAUCAAUACGUUUCCCAUCCCUCUUCACGUUCCCUGUCAUUUCGAACUUUACGUCACCCUCCAGAAACGAGCGAAUGCAAAAGUCAGCCGCGCAAUUGAACCUCAACGACAAAUUUUCCCGUGGUAAUCGACCUUCGACAGUGAAUCUGAAAAAUGCGCGGGGAUCUUCUCAGCGCGAAUCAUCAUCUGCGAGAGAGACAAAUAUCUUUAAGAAUCUGUUAAAGAGCGCCGAUAAAAGCGUUGCGAGAUCGCGUGCAGGAAACUCUUCGGCCUCGACUUCCGUAACGAAUUCAAAGAUAUCGACGACGCCGACGAAAGGCAUUGCUGCAAAUCGCGCGGCCAAGGAUUCGCAAGAAGUAAUUAGAAAUGAAUUAAGGAGCAGGCCAUCGAAGAUCGUAGCUAAGGAGAAAACGCAGCGGAUAACUGGCGAGAAAUCGAGCAUGCGAUUAUCCGAAAAUAAAAAUGGCAUGAAUUUAAGUAAGUAGAUGUAAAUAGCAUCUAUUAAUUCAUUAAUUUUUAAUAUUUACGUAAUUAUUCAUGUGUGAAUUAACUCUCUCUCUCUCUCUCUCUCUCUCUCUCUCUCUCUCCCUCUCCCUC